AUGGUUGCUAUUAGCGACCGAGUAACCGAAACACUGAAGAUGUCCACGAUAAAAAAUGAACUUUGACGGCUGAAAUUUGUUAAAAUUGGGGUUUCUACUCACCAUGGCGACUCCUCAGAGACAUGCAGAAAGCUUGUUGAAGAUGGAGGGCAGCGCUGUGGAGCAUAUGGACAGUAUUCAGACGUUACCAGAGAAACUUCAGUGUCUUUCUACAGAAGAUGUAACAGACAGAAGAGUGCUGCGAUCCAGGAUAGACGAACAGUCAAGUUUGAUCUGCAUGCUGAAACGGAGAGCAGAUGAGAUGAUUCUCCGAUAUCAAGCCCUGCAGAAAAUCAAUACAGAGCUUGAGGAGCAAGUAACACACUGCCAGGAAGAACUGGACGGUGCAAGAAAGAAAACAGAGGAAACAGAGAAAAGCUUUAGGGAUUUAGUUGCCUGCAGUCAAGGAAUUAUUGAAUUCAUGGAGGAGCACAAAAAAAAGAAUGUCCAGCUGAAGCUGGAAAAUGAACAGCUGCAGAAAGAAAAUCAGACACUUUUCUCCCAAAAGUUACACGAUAAAGAAGUGCAUGUUCAAAAACUAAUGCAAGACAUCAAACUGCUGACGGAGAAAUACACAAAAAAAGAAAACGAAUAUCGAGAGAAAUUAGCUGGAUGUGAAUCAAAAUUCCUGGAACAAGCAACUCAGCAUAAAGCCAAGGAAAGAUCAUUGCUCAGUCAGUUGCAUGAUGCUCAACAACAGCACAGAGAAGGUGUAGAAAUAUGCAAAGACUUGAAGCAGAAGCUACAGGAGGCCGAAGAACAGCUUGCUUUGAAGGAAACCAACAUCAGAGAAAGCUUGACGAAUCUCACCAACGAGAAGGACAAAUUACUGUGUCUUUCUGUAGAAAGAGGCAAAGUAAUACAGGAAAAACAAAAGGAAAUCCAGCAACUGGAGAGAAGCUGGAAAGAGGAGAAGAAAGCCCGGAUCAAAGCACAGGAGAGGUACAAUGUGUACCAACAAUGUUUCUAUUCUACUGCUGAGUGGAACAAGUCAAAUCUGUAUUUGUCCUCGACUUUCUAUAGGUUCAAACUGGAAGCAGAAGCAGUUAACACAGAUGUAAGAGUGAAGUCUCUGCAGUCUGCUCUUGAUGAAUCGGAGACAAAGUUUGAGAAGCUGAAUAAGGAUUUUGAUGCCUUCAAGGAACACAGCACCUACCUCCUGGCACAGGAAAAGGAGUUAAAUAAGACACUUCGCCUUGUGAUAGGCUAAACUUCAGUAUUACGUUAAGUGCUACAAUUUUUUGACUUUGUUUUAAUCCAAACAAACUUUUUUCCAAGUAUGUGUACUUGCUGUAGGUGCCAACACUGAAAAUAGAAAAUAAACCAUGACAAAAAUGUUAUAUAUAUAUAUAUAUCACAAUGUAAAUUUUAAUAUCUUUGGCUUAGAACCACAACACGUAUACUUAGACAUGUUAGAAGUUUCUCAAAUACAACUAAUACUGUACAAAUGUUCUCAUAAAACUUUCCAACCUUAUAGACAAAUGA